GAUACUGAAUACAGAAAACAGUAAUUUUCCCCACCAAGUACCUGACUUCCAUAAGUGUGAGAUCUGUUUACUGUCUUUUCCAAAAGAGACUCAGUUCCAGCGCCACAUGAGGGAUCAUGAGCAAAAUGACAAGCCUCACAGAUGUGACCAGUGUCCGAUGUCAUUUAAUGUUGAAUUCAACUUGACACUUCAUAAAUGUACUCACAAUGGUGAAGAUCCUACGUGUCCUGUGUGCAACAAGAAAUUCUCCAGAGUAGCCAGUCUGAAAGCUCAUAUAAUGCUACAUGAGAAAGAAGAGAAUCUUAUCUGUUCAGAGUGUGGAGAUGAAUUUACUUUACAGAGUCAGCUGUCUAUACACAUGGAAGAACAUCGUCAAGAAUUGGCAGGCAGUAGGAUCCACAGCUGCAAGUCUUGCAAAAAAGAAUUUGAAACUUCCUCACAGCUAAAGGAGCAUAUGAAAACGCACUUUAAAAUAAGGGUAUCAAAUACCAGAUCUUAUAACAGAAACAUUGACAGAAGUGGGUUUACCUAUUCCUGUCCUCACUGUGGAAAGACGUUCCAGAAACCAAGUCAGUUAACACGACAUGUUAGAAUACACACAGGUGAAAGACCUUUUAAAUGCAGUGAAUGUGGAAAAGCCUUUAACCAGAAGGGGGCAUUGCAGACCCAUAUGAUCAAGCACACUGGUGAAAAACCCCAUGCUUGUGCCUUUUGUCCUGCAGCCUUUUCUCAGAAAGGCAAUCUUCAGUCACACAUACAGAGAGUUCAUUCAGAGGUGAAGAAUGGCCCUACAUACAACUGUACAGAAUGUAGCUGUGUCUUCAAAAGCCUGGGCAGUUUAAAUACACAUAUCAGCAAGAUGCACAUGGGUGGUCCACAGAAUUCUGCAAGCUCUUCAACAGAUGUAUCUCAUGUCACAGCAGAUUCUGUCACUCAGCCUUUAACUACAUCACCUGCUAAUCUUUUGCAACCUGUUGAUAAUAAAUGGAAAAAUGCCACACAUUUUCGGUCUCCACUUCUUCAACAGACAGAAAACCAGGUGUCUUCAGGUACUGCUCAUCAGGGUCAGCAGGCUGUAACUGAUGUCAUCCAGCAGCUCCUUGAAUUAUCAGAACCAGUUCCUGUAGAAAAUAACCAGCCUCAACAACCAGGUCAGCAACUCAACAUUGCAGUGGGAAUCAACAGAGAUAUUUUGCAGCAAGCUUUAGAAAACAGUGGGUUGUCUUCGAUUCCUGUUUCUGCACAUUCUACUGACUGCAACCAGGCCAAGACUCCUGGGGCCCAGGAUCAGAACCCAGAUGUCCCGACUCUCUCAAAUCAUCAGGCUGACUCUAAUAAUGCAGAACAAGAUAAGGAACAAGAGAGUACGGAUAAACUGGAUAAAAAAGAAAAAAAGGUUAUUAAGAAAAAAUCACCGUUUUUACCUGGCUCUAUACGUGAAGAAAAUGGAAUAAGGUGGCAUGUUUGUCCAUACUGCUCUAAAGAAUUUAAGAAGCCCAGUGAUCUGGUGCGCCACAUUCGCAUUCAUACCCAUGAGAAGCCGUUCAAGUGUCCCCAGUGUUUUCGCGCCUUUGCUGUCAAGAGUACUCUCACAGCACACAUAAAAACACAUACAGGCAUUAAAGCUUUCAAGUGCCAAUUUUGUAUGAAAUGCUUUUCCACCUCAGGGAGUUUAAAAGUUCAUAUUCGUCUACAUACAGGUGUUAGGCCUUUUGCUUGUCCUCACUGUGACAAAAAGUUUAGAACAUCAGGCCACCGGAAAACUCAUAUUGCUUCACAUUUUAAACACACUGAACUACGAAAGCUGAGACAUCAACGUAAACCUGCAAAAGUUCGAGUAGGAAAGACGAGUGUUCCAGUACCAGACAUUCCUUUGCAAGAGCCCAUACUCAUAACCGAUUUAGGUCUUAUCCAGCCAAUCCCAAGGAACAGCCAGUUCUUCCAAAAUUAUUUUAACAAUAAUUUUGUGAAUGAUGGAGACAGACCAUACAAAUGUUUUUAUUGCCAUCGAGCCUAUAAAAAAUCUUGUCAUCUUAAGCAGCACAUCAGGUCACAUACUGGUGAAAAGCCAUUUAAGUGCUCUCAAUGUGGAAGAGGUUUUGUGUCAGCUGGAGUUCUGAAAGCACAUAUUAGAACACACACUGGAUUGAAAGCUUUUAAGUGUCUUAUAUGCAACGGGGCCUUCACUACUGGUGGUAGCCUCAGGCGACAUAUGGGGAUCCAUAAUGACCUGCGGCCGUAUAUGUGUCCAUAUUGCCAAAAAACAUUCAAAACAUCACUAAACUGUAAGAAACACAUGAAGACUCAUAGAUAUGAACUUGCACAGCAACUUCAGCAGCAUCAGCAGUCUGCUUCAAUAGGUGAUUCUACAGUAGAUCAGCAGAGCAUUCAUGUUUCUACACAGAUGCAAGUGGAGAUUGAAAGUGAUGAGCUGCAGCAGUCAGAAGCUGUUGCAACAGAUCAGCAGGCUAUUUUAGAGUUGGACCAGCAGCCAGUAGUAGGCACAGAAGAAACAGCACUUGAACAACAAUUGGCUGAUCAGCCUUUAGAGCAAGAUGAGGAUAGAUUUGUGACAUCCCAGCAUGCUUUACAGGAAAACAUCACCCAAUUUGAACAACAAGCUGUAACACAGCAGCCAUUUGAUCAACAGGGCUUACCACAAGGUUUUCCAGUGAAUGAUAGCUACAAUCAACAGCCUCAAUUUCCAGCUGUACAGCAGUUGCAGGAUUCAAGCACACUUGAAUCUCAGGCUCUUUCAACGAGUUACCAUCCACCAGCCCUUCUUCAGGUUCCAAAUACAGACACUAUUAAUGUAACUACUCGUUUGAUACAAGAUCAGUCAUCACAAGAAGAGCUAGAAUUACACACCCAAAGGCCACAUUUUCUUGAGGAUAAUGAAGAUCAAAGCAGGCGUUCAUAUAGAUGUGAAUAUUGCAACAAGGGUUUUAAGAAAUCCAGCCAUUUGAAACAACAUGUACGGUCACACACUGGUGAGAAACCUUAUAAAUGCCAACUCUGUGGCCGUGGCUUUGUUUCCUCAGGAGUUCUUAAGUCACAUGAGAAGACACAUACAGGAGUUAAAGCAUUCAGCUGUAGCAUUUGCAAUACCUCCUUCACAACUAAUGGCAGCCUUACCAGGCACAUGGCAACUCACAUGAGCAUGAAGCCUUACAAGUGCCCAUUCUGUGAUGAAAGCUUUCGAACAACUGUUCACUGCAAAAAACAUAUGAAAAAACAUCAGGCAGUCUCCUCAGCUGUAGCAGCAGCUACAGAAACAGGAGGAGGAGUUGCAUGUGCUGAAGAUGAUGAUGAAAACCUUGAAAGAACUUCUAGAAAAUCUAGGCCUGGUGUCAUAACUUUUACAGAAGAAGAAACAGCGGAACUGGCAAAGAUUAGGCCUAGAGAAAGUGCCACUGUCUCAGAAAAAGUUCUUGUCCAGUCUGCUGCAGAGAAAGACAGAAUUAGUGAGAUCAAAGAUAAGCAAGCAGAACUGGAAGCAGAGCCCAAAUAUGCCAACUGCUGCAGUUAUUGCCCUAAAAGCUUUAAAAAACCCAGUGAUUUAGUCAGGCAUGUUCGUAUCCAUACUGGAGAGAAGCCAUAUAAGUGUGAAGAAUGUGGAAAGAGUUUCACUGUAAAAUCCACUCUGGAUUGUCAUGUAAAAACACACACAGGCCAGAAGCUCUUCAGUUGUCAUGUAUGCAGUAAUUCUUUUUCUACAAAAGGGAGUCUAAAAGUUCACAUGCGUCUGCAUACAGGAGCAAAGCCCUUCAAAUGUCCACACUGUGAUUUACGGUUUCGUACUUCAGGGCGCAGAAAAACCCACAUACAGUGUCAUUAUAAACCAGAGACAAAGAAGGUUAGGAAGCCUGUCGCCCGUACUUCAGCUGAGGGACUACAGCCUGUUAGUCUUCUUAAUUCAUCUUCAACAGACCCUAAUGUUUUCAUCAUGAAUAACUGUCAAUUUGAUCAAAAUUUACUUCAACAAGGACUCGUGGGCCAGGCUAUCCUGCCUGCUUCAGUGUCAGCUGGAGGUGACUUAACUGUGUCCUUGACAGAUGGUAGCUUGGCCACUCUUGAAGGAAUACAGCUACAACUUGCUGCUAAUCUGGUUGGACAAAAUGUUCAAAUUUCUGGAAUAGAUACCACCAGUAUUAACAACAUAACAUUGCAGAUCGAUCCAAGUAUUCUACAGCAGACGUUACAACAGAGUAAUUUACUUGCACAGCAGCUCACUGGAGAUCCCAGCAUGGCUCCACAGAAUUCCUCCCUCCAGGCAACAGAAAAUGCAGUGCCAGCUAAUGUGGUGAUUCAGCCCAUAUCAGGCCUGUCCUUGCAGCCCACAGUAACAUCAGCAGCUAACAUGACAAUAGGAUCCUUAUCUGAGCAAGACUCAGUGCUGACAACCAGCACUAGUGGUGCACAGGACAUCUCUCAGGUCAUGACUUCACAGGGUAUGGUAUCAUCCUCAAGUGGACAACAUGAGAUAACAUUGACCAUAAAUAAUUCCAGUUUGAGUCAAGUUCUAGCUCAUGCUUCAGGUUCUACUACUACAAGCUCAUCAGGAAGUCCUCAAGAAAUCACUCUUACAAUAUCUGGCCAAGAUCUUAUUCAGCAUAAUUCUGGAAGCAGUGAUCUGAAUAGUGGCUUAAGGCUGACAGCACCAACCAUCAACAGUCAGACUACAGGUGCUACAUUAACUAUAAGCAACGAUCAGCUUCUUUCUCAGGGCAGUUCACUAAAUUCUCCAGAACUUAAUACAACAGGUGGAACCAGCCUUCCUUCCACUACACCCAUAUCUCAGUCUACAGUUUCUGCCCAGAAUUUGGUAAUGUCUUCAUCGGGAGUUGGAGGAGAUGGUAGUGUCACCUUGACUCUUGCUGACACUCAGGGAAUGUUGUCAGGUGGUCUUGAUGCUGUUACCCUUAAUAUCACUUCACAGGGUCAGCAGUUCCCUGCCAUACUCACAGAUUCUGGUCUCACCAGCCAAAGUGGGUCAGGCUCACAGCAAGUCAUACUGGUGAGCCAUACACCCCACUCAGCAUCUGCAAACUCUGAUGAGAUAACAUAUCAGGUGACAGAGGUUUCUCCUAGUGUGACUAAGAGCAGUCAAGCAGAAAAAGAAAGUCGUGUGCACCAGUGUUUUGAGUGUAGUCAGACCUUUUCUUCAGCCACCAUGUUGAUGCACCACAGUAAAGAGGUCCAUGGCAAGGAGAGAAUACAUGUUUGCCAUGUCUGCAAUAAAGCAUUUAAGCGGGCAACACAUCUCAAGGAACACAUGCAAACCCAUCAGGCUGGACCGUCACUGAGUUCCCAGAAGCCUCGAGUGUUUAAGUGUGAUACUUGUGAAAAAGCUUUCGCUAAGCCAAGCCAGCUGGAGAGACACAGUCGCAUUCACACAGGGGAACGGCCAUUUCAGUGUACACUAUGUGAAAAGGCUUUUAACCAGAAGAGCGCUCUUCAAGUCCACAUGAAAAAACACACAGGAGAGAGGCCUUACAAAUGUGAUUACUGUGCAAUGGGAUUCACACAGAAGAGCAAUAUGAAACUGCAUAUGAAACGGGCUCAUGGUUACUCUGGUCCUGUUCAGGAGCCUGCUAGUCAUCAAGAACAAGAAGGGGAAGAUAUUAGUCGUGCUCUGAAUUUAGAAGAAGUGGUACAAGAAUCUUCAAAUGAAUGGCAAAGUAUUGGCAAUGUUUUUCGAUGACACAUCAAAAUUUGAAAGCUAAAAAUGUGUCUGGGAAUCAAAUUUCUCAAAACAAAUAUUCAGAAAAGUAAAAGAUGAAUUUUACAUGUAAAGCUUCAAGCAUUGAAAAUAUUAAGGAUAGAAUAAUAUAUUACAGUUUUUUUGAUUAUUUACAGAAAUUACCUAAAAGAGUCAUUCUUUUUUUAAGCUUGUAGAAGAGUAUUGCAAAAACGUCAUUUAAUCUGUGCUA